AUGUCUAAAAGGGAUCCCAAGUAUCCUGUGGAGAAUUUGCUAAACCCAGAUAGUCUGAGAGGACCUUGGCUCAGCAGCCCUCAGGACAAGAGUGGGCAACUAAAAGUGGAAUUGCAGUUGGAGAAGGCUGUGCCCAUAGGCUACAUCGAUGUUGGUAAUUGUGGCUGUGCUUUCCUGCAAAUUGAUGUGGGUCGUUCUUCCUGGCCCCUGGACAGACCUUUUGUCACCCUGCUCCCUGCCACCAUGCUAAUGUCCCUCGCUGAAUCAAAACAGGGGAAAAACCGCUCCGGGGUCCGCAUGUUUAAAGAUGGUGAUUUCCUGGCUCCAGCCUCAGGUGACUCAUGGGAUCGACUUCGUCUUACCUGCUCCCAACCCUUCACACGGCACCAGUCUUUUGGCCUGGCCUUCCUACGGGUGUGUUCCUCCUUGGACUCAGAGGACCCUGUGACAGGUCCUUUGGCCCCUGGGAGCUCUGGACUGAGCAAGAGUUCUUCUGAGGCUCAGAAGUCUGGCAACAGUCCCUGGAUGGCUAAUCCCUCUAUCCGGAGAACAUUCUUCCCAGAUCCUCAAACGAACACCAAGGAAAUCUCAGAUCUUAAGAAUAUCCUAAAGCAGCUACAGCCAGGGGCCUUGGGGCGUUCAGCCCACAUGGUACUUUCAGCUGCCCGCAGGGCACCUCCAUCUAUCAUGGCAAGCCCAAGAAACAAUUGUUUAGAACCAGAUCUGAGUCAUCCAGACAGUGCAGAGCCCAGACCAGAGGAGCAAAGCACAGAGAAUGAUGUGGGCAGAACGAAGAGACGGAAAAUGCAAGUUAAGAGGUCUUUAUCCAAGUCAAACUCUCGUACAGAGAGGAACAGGAUAAAAAAGACACGGCAAAGAGCACAGUGCCAACCCCAGGCCCAAAAGAGCAGCGUCCAGGAGAGUGGGCAGUGCCCCAUUUGUGCAGGAACCUUCAGCACUGACAUUCUCCCCCAGCAUGCUGCCACUUGUGGAGAGACCUCCCCGCCUCACGCAGCCUCUCCCUGUUCAUCGCCAUCUUCUUCACCAUCUGUACUAUGGAUUCCUUGUGUGGCAUUAACACCGCUGCCCUGGUCUCCAGGGUUCAGGCCACAGCCAAACUGGACUGAGAUCGUGAACAAAAAGCUGAAGUUCCCACCACCACUCCUGGAUGCCAUCCAGGAGGGGCGGCUAGGUCUUGUGCAGCAGCUGCUGGAGUCUGGGGCCGAGGCCACAGGACCUGGGCCAGGCGGGCCCUUGCGGAACGUGGAAGAGGCCGAAGACCGCUCCUGGAGGGAAGCUCUCAAUCUGGCCAUCCGACUGGGCCAUGAGGCCAUCACUGAUAUAUUGUUAGCCAUUGUCAAGUUUGACUUCCGACAGAUCCACGAGGCACUUCUUGUGGCAGUGGACACAAACCAGCCGGCAGUGGUGCGUCACCUGCUAGCCCGGCUAGAUAGAGAGAAGGGCCGCAAAGUGGACACAAAGUCUUUCUCACUGGCUUUCUUUGACUCUUCAAUCGAUGGCUCCCGCUUUGCACCUGGUGUCACACCGCUCACCCUGGCCUGCCAGAAGGAUCUGUAUGAGAUUGCACAGCUGCUUAUGGAACAGGGUCAUACCAUUGCCCGGCCCCACCCUGUCUCCUGUGCCUGCCUGGAGUGCAGCAAUGCUCGCCGCUAUGACCUCCUCAAGUUCUCCCUGUCCCGCAUCAACACCUACCGUGGCAUUGCCAGCAGGGCCCACCUCUCACUGGCCAGUGAAGACGCCAUGCUGGCUGCCUUCCAGCUCAGCCGAGAGCUCAGGCGCCUUGCACGCAAGGAGCCAGAGUUUAAGCCUGAGUACAUUGCCCUGGAGUCACUGAGCCAGGACUACGGCUUUGAGCUCCUGGGCAUGUGCCGGAACCAGAGUGAAGUCACUGCAGUACUCAACGACCUGGAAGAGGACAGUGAGACUGAGGCUGAGGGCCUGAGCCAGGCCUUUGAGGAAGGCAUCCCCAACCUGGCAAGGCUUCGGCUAGCUGUCAACUACAACCAGAAGCGGUUUGUAGCACACCCCAUCUGCCAGCAAGUCCUGUCUUCCAUCUGGUGUGGGAACCUGGCCGGCUGGCGUGGAAGCACCACCAUCUGGAAGCUCUUUGUCGCCUUCCUCAUCUUCCUCACCAUGCCCUUCCUCUGCCUUGGCUAUUGGCUGGCACCCAAGUCCCGGCUGGGCCGCCUACUAAAGAUCCCAGUGCUGAAGUUCCUGCUGCACUCUGCCUCCUACCUGUGGUUCCUCAUCUUCCUGCUGGGAGAAUCCCUGGUCAUGGAGGCACAGCUGAGCACCUUCCAGGGCCGCAGCCAGAGCGUCUGGGAGACUUCCCUGCACAUGGUCUGGGUCAUAGGCUUUCUCUGGUUUGAGUGUAAGGAAGUGUGGAUCGAGGGCCUGCGCAGUUACCUCCUGGACUGGUGGAAUUUCCUGGACGUGGUCAUCCUGUCCCUGUAUCUGGCGGCCUUCGCGCUGCGGCUCCUCCUGGCUGGGCUUGCAUACAUGCACUGCCAGGAUGCCCCGGAUGGGGUUCGCUGCCGCUAUUUUACCACGGCUGAGCGAAGUGAGUGGCACACCGAGGACCCCCAGUUCUUGGCCGAGGUGCUCUUUGCUGUCACUAGCAUGCUCAGCUUCACCCGUCUGGCCUACAUUCUGCCGGCUCACGAGUCUCUGGGCACUCUGCAGAUUUCCAUUGGCAAGAUGAUCGAUGACAUGAUGCGGUUUAUGUUCAUCCUCAUGAUCAUCCUGACCGCCUUCCUCUGUGGCCUCAACAACAUCUAUGUGCCCUACCAGAAGACAGAGCGGCUGGGCAAUUUCAAUGAGACAUUCCAGUUUCUGUUCUGGACCAUGUUUGGCAUGGAGGAGCACAGUGUGGUGGACAUGCCUCAGUUUCUGGUGCCUGAAUUCGUGGGCCGGGCCCUCUACGGCAUCUUUACCAUCAUCAUGGUCAUUGUGCUGCUCAACAUGCUCAUUGCCAUGAUCACCAACUCCUUCCAGAAGAUUGAGGAUGAUGCUGAUGUGGAAUGGAAGUUUGCUCGCUCCAAGCUCUACCUGUCCUACUUCCGAGAGGGCCUGACGUUGCCUGUGCCCUUCAACAUCCUGCCCUCUCCCAAGGCCAUCUUCUACCUUCUCAGGAGAAUUUUCCAGUUCAUUUGCUGUUGUUGUUCCUGCUGCAAAAUCAAGAAGCGAGACUAUCCUCCACUCCCCACCUUUGCCAAUCCUGGGGCAGGGACAGAAGCUGGGGAGGGUGAGCAUGGAUCCUACCGCCUUCGUGUCAUCAAGGCCCUGGUACAACGCUAUAUAGACACUGCCCAGAGGGAAUUCGAGGAGACCCGUCGGAAAGAUCUGGGCAACAGACUGACAGAGCUGACUAAGACUGUGUCUCGACUGCAAAGUGAGGUAGCCGGCGUAAGGCGAACUCUGGAAGAAGGAGGACCACCCCGGCCACCCCAUGGUGCCAGCAUUCUCAGCCGCUACAUCACCAGAGUACGAAACAGCUUUCAAAACCUGGGGCCCCCCAUCCCUGAGACCCCAGAGCUGACAGUGCCAGAGAGUGUGGGGACCCAGGAAUCUUUAGAAACUGGGCUUCAGGGUGCUGGAGAUGCUACAACUGCAUCUUCUGGAGAGUCUGGCCCUUCUUCCUCAGCACCUGUGCUAGUACAUAGGGAGCAAGAAUCAGAGGGAGCUGGAGCCCUGCCUCAGGAGGAAAAUUUGGGAGCCAAGGGGGUGUCCUGAUGCAGUGGGCAGUUUCCUUUUGUUGGUGAGUGAAUCAGCCUAGAUGGGAAGGGAGUCACUUAGUAGGUGCCUAUGCUGCUUUCCUUGCCUCAAUAAAGUUUUGUUCUGGAUGUCAGAUGUUUCCAGAG